GCCACCCCAUUGGCCAGGUGAAGCUUAGAAGAGCCGGAACCCGGGAGCCAGAGAAGCGAAAUGACAUUUCCUCUUUAAAUAGCUGGAGCCGGGGCCCCGUCGAGAAAUGGCCGCGUCGGCAGAUUUAAGUAAGUCUUCCCCAACACCGAAUGGGAUUCCAUCUUCAGACACAGCCCACGAUGCCAUGGACCCCUUCCAUGCGUGCAGUAUUCUUAAGCAACUUAAAACAAUGUACGAUGAAGGACAGUUGACAGACAUUGUAGUGGAAGUGGAUCACGGGAAAACAUUUUCCUGUCAUAGAAACGUUCUUGCUGCGAUCAGCCCCUACUUCAGAUCCAUGUUCACUAGCGGCCUUACAGAAAGUACUCAAAAAGAAGUUCGAAUAGUUGGUGUUGAAGCUGAAUCAAUGGAUUUAGUGUUGAACUAUGCCUACACCUCCAGAGUGGUUCUGACAGAGGCCAAUGUUCAAGCCUUGUUCACUGCAGCUAGCAUCUUCCAGAUUCCUUCCAUCCAAGACCAGUGUGCUAAGUACAUGAUCAGUCAUUUGGACCCACAGAAUUCUAUUGGGGUCUUCAUCUUUGCUGAUCAUUAUGGUCAUCAGGAACUCGGAGAUCGAUCAAAAGAAUACAUUCGUAAAAAGUUUCUGUGUGUCACCAAAGAACAAGAGUUUCUCCAGUUGACAAAAGACCAACUGAUAAGUAUCCUAGACAGUGAUGAUUUAAACGUAGACCGAGAAGAGCAUGUUUAUGAAAGCAUCGUAAGGUGGUUUGAACAUGAACAGAAUGAAAGAGAAGUGCACCUUCCAGAAAUUUUUGCCAAAUGCAUACGAUUUCCUCUGAUGGAAGAGGCCUUUAUAGAGAAAAUUCCACCUCAGUUUGCACAGGCUAUAGCCAAAAGCUAUGUAGAAAAGGGCCCAUCCAAUACUAAUGGCUGCACACAGAGACUUGGAAUGACUGCAUCUGAAAUGAUCAUUUGCUUUGAUGCUGCCCACAAACACUCAGGAAAGAAGCAAACAGUGCCUUGUCUAGAUAUAGUCACAGGAAGAGUGUUUAAACUAUGCAAACCACCAAAUGAUCUAAGAGAAGUUGGGAUUCUUGUAUCACCAGAUAAUGAUAUUUACAUUGCAGGAGGGUACCGGCCCAGCAGCAGCGAGGUCUCCAUCGACCAUAAGGCAGAAAAUGAUUUCUGGAUGUAUGACCAUUCCACCAAUAGGUGGCUUUCCAAACCCCCCUUGCUGCGAGCCAGAAUAGGCUGCAAACUGGUGUAUUGCUGUGGUAAGAUGUAUGCAAUAGGAGGUCGUGUUUAUGAAGGUGAUGGGAGAAACUCACUAAAAUCCGUGGAGUGCUACGACAGCAGAGAGAAUUGCUGGACGAGCGUUUGCGCAAUGCCUGUUGCAAUGGAGUUUCAUAACGCUGUGGAGUACAAAGAGAAGAUCUAUGUUUUACAGGGAGAAUUUUUCCUCUUCUAUGAGCCUCAAAAAGACUACUGGGGUUUUUUAACCCCCAUGACUGUGCCUAGAAUCCAGGGCUUAGCAGCUGUAUACAAGAACUCUAUCUACUACAUAGCUGGAACCUGUGGAAAUCAUCAACGUAUGUUUACUGUAGAAGCCUAUGAUAUUGAACUAAAUAAAUGGACUCGGAAGAAGGACUUUCCAUGUGAUGAGUCCAUAAAUCCAUACCUUAAACUGGUACUUUUUCAGAAUAAACUACAUUUAUUUGUUCGAGCUACUCAAGUGACCGUUGAAGAACAUGUCUUCAGAACCAGCAGGAAAAAUUCCCUUUACCAAUAUGAUGACAUCACUGACCAAUGGAUGAAAGUGUACGAGACUCCAGACAGGCUCUGGGACCUUGGCCGGCAUUUUGAAUGUGCUGUUGCUAAACUCUAUCCUCAGUGUCUUCAGAAAGUACUUUAAUGAGUAGCAGGCCUUAGUGAGCUCACUGGCAUCUUGUGCUUGGGGAAACUUCAUCUUUUAAUGAUACAAGAAGUGCUGUCAGUAUUUAAGAAGCUGAGAGAGUUUGAACAUGGCAGUGGGUGCUCUUAAAGAUUAUGGCAUAGGGAGGGAUUUCUUUUCAUCCUUGUGAUGUUUUCAUUUCAUUAAGCAAAAGGUAACAAAGUGCAAUUAUCAGCAUUUUUUUUUUUCUGGUAUAAAAGUAAUCAUUUUCAUUCUAGAAUUUUGUGAUAGUUCAUCACUGAGAUACCAGAUGAAUCAACAACUAUGCACUCUUAGAAGAGCAGUUAGGAUAUUAUGGUUAGAGACAUCCGAACUAGUUUGAUGUGACUUUUUAUUUUAAAUACGGGUAAAAAUUUGAGGCAAUAUCACUAGGACUUUAGCUGUGACCUCUCCAACACAGAGAAGCACUAACUUAGAUCCUCAUUCUAUAUAUAUAUAUACAUAUAUAUGUAU